UAUCAUUGAGGAAUGGCGAGGUUGAAAAGAGCAGAUUUGCGUGAGGCCGUGAUGCAAAUCGAGCAGCAGCGAUGCGAUCCGGAUGGAGAUCUCUGCGCGUUUCUCUUGCGGCAGUGCGGAUCCAAGGCGCUGCUCGAGGGGCGGCGAAUCCAUUCCGUGCUCGCCGAUCAUGGCAUGGAUUCACAGGCCCUGUUGGGCAAUCUCCUCGUUCACAUGUACACCAAAUGCGAGAGGUUUCAGGAAGCUGGAGCGAUGCAAUGUCUUCUCGUGGAAUAACAUGAUCGUCGCCCGCCGGCAUGGUGGAUUCGGCGAGAGAUCGAGAGCACGCCACAGAGAUCUGCGGUCAACGAUGAUCCAAGCGUAUACUUGAAACGGGCAUAUGGAUUGCUGCCUCUGGCUUUUAGACAGGAUUGCCACGCGAUCUCGACCACGCCAUCGAUUUCUUCCUCACAGGGAUCACAUGAACGUCCUGAUAAACGCUUUUGUGCGGAGCGGGCAAGAGGAUCGCGCGGGACUUGUGUUUGAGAGGAUGGCACAGCAAAGCGUUCUCUCCUGGAACAUUGCUAUCCAAGGCUAUGCUCUAAAGGGCAUCUGGAAGAGGUCAAAACGCUGUCCGAUCGAAUGCCCGAAGAAGACGUUGUGGCUGGAAACGGGAGGAUCGGCACAUAUGCCCAGCAUGGGCAUCUAGGUGAAGCGAUUGCGGUGUUUGAUCCCAUGGAGCAGUGCAAUGUUAUCACUUCCACUUCGAUGAUGGUGGCGUUAAUUCACGGUGGCGAGCACGAUCGAGCUCGGUGGUUCUUCGAUUCCCUGGCAGAGAAGAGCGUCGUGACUUGGAACUCUAUGAUCCACGCUGAUGUCCAAGCCGGGCAUAUGGACCACGCGAGCAAACUCUUUCACGAGAUACCCGUGCUCUCUUGCAACGCCGGCUAUGACCUUUCGUGCGACGCCAAGAGCGCCCUCCAGAUCUUCGAGAGAAUGCCGCAGCGAGGAACUUCGUCUGGCAACGCAAUGUUUCGAGCAUUCGCCCAGAACGGUGCUCGAGAGAUCUUCCACUCGUUCAUGCGACACCGCGACGUCGUCUCCUGGAACAUCGCGAUUGCGUCUUAUGCCCAGAGCAGCGACAAUCGCCCUUUUCGGCAAGAUCCUGUCCAGGAGCGUUGUCACCUGGAAAGGCUGGCGAAAUGCACAGAUUGGAGACGAGACUUUCAUCAUCGCAGCUCUAAUGGCGAUGAGGCAUCCGCGAGCCAUAGUUCUUUCUGGAGCUCUCACCGUGCUUGCUCUCAUGACUGUUUUCUGCACCGUUCUUGGAAGAAUCUUAUCUCACGAAGGCACAUCAAUAGUUUUGCCACUGUGUUGUAUACUUUCUUUGGAUUGCGGCUAUUGUAUAUAGCGUGGAAGUCGGGCUAUAUACAAGCUUUCCUUUUUCGUUCCCGCAGGUCGAGGAGAAACUGGAAGGCAGCACGCAUGGAAAGUCAAGAAUCCGAAAAUUUUUCUGCGCUCCAAUCUUUUUGGAGGUAUACUCAUUUCCAAGGUUUCAUUUUCUGGCUGAUCAAAAUCAAGCCUUCACCUUUUUGGCGGAAUGGGAGAUAGAAGCCGGAUCGCAACGAUUGCCAAUUUCUAGCUUGCUGCUCACAAAAACGCUGUGGGAUUUACGCUGGGAGCAAUCGUUGGACACACCUUGUGUAAUUCUGGCCAUGAGAAUAUCACAGAGAACCGAUUGUUUCUACCGUUAAUUGACCAACGCACACUUUGACGGCCACGAUUCUUUUA